AUGCGGCCCGACGCGGCUGGUAAAGGCAGGAAGAGGGGGAACAACGGAAGAAGGGGCGACAAAAAGCCCAACACUGGCAGCAACAGCAGCUUCGGUGCCGAUGAUGUCGUGAGUCCGCCGAUGUAUCCCCGCAAGGAGCACAAGCUGGAGCAUUUUGAUGACGUUCGUGUAGAUCCGUUUUAUUGGCUGCGUGACCGCCGGAACCCGGAGGUGCGACGACUGUUGCAGCGCGAGAACGCACACAUGGAGUCAGUGUUUGCGGCCUACGGUGGGGAUCGACUUUGCCGCACCCUUUUUAGUGAAAUGCGGGCUCGCUGGAAGGAGGAAGAUGCGUCGCUUCCGUACCGCGACCGUGACUACUGGUACUACACUCGCACUGUGCCCAACGCGGACCACCCAAUUUUUUGUCGCCGCCCAUUUACGGAGCACACGGCGGGAUUCAUGCAUGAGGUGGCAGAGAUGUGGAACCGCAAUCCCACUGCCACCCUGCCCUUCUACGACGACGAGGCGGUGUACCUCGACAUGAACCUUCUCAUGAAGGAGCUGCGGCUUGGCUACGUUGAGCUGGGUGACUUGGAGGUGUCCUCCGACGGGCAACGUCUUGCCCUGACUUUGGACUGCAGCAACGGAAAGGAGCUGUUCACCAUCUUUUUACUAGACAUCACCGAUGUCAAUUAUGUGCAAUGGCUGAAUGGGCGGUCGGAGAUGCACCGCGCGUGGGUGGAGGUGGUGAUGCGUUCGGACCGGUCCAUCUACGCCUCCCCCGUGUCUAUUCUCCCGACACACCGUAGCCCAACGACACCAACUGGAAGCAGCAGCAGCAGCGGUGCUAGUGGGGGUACUUCAAGGGUGGGAGGCAGCGCCCACGCGAUGAGAAGGAAUAUGGAAAAGAAACACGCGCUGACCUCCUCUACACCUUUGUCUUUUACAUCGUUAUCCACAACGACUCCAACGACAGUCUCUGCGACGGCGUCAACACAACGAGGGGAACCGGCACAUAAAAUAUUGCGUCGAAUCGAGGUCUUUGAUGCUGCAGACGAGGUGCUUUGGCUUUCUCCUACUUCGCUACUUUACCUGGGCGUGGAUGGGAAGAUGCGCUCUUGCCGCGUCAUUUACCACGACCUCACUGCCCCUGUAAACGCAGAACAGGCGGACAUCAUCUGCUACGAGGAGGCGGAUGAGGCGUUUUGGGUCAGUUCCCUUUGCUUCUCCGCCGAUGGGCGGUUUGCCAUGUUCACUGUCGCCUCAGGGAGUUGCACGGAGGUGUACGUCAUUCCCUGUGAGGCGGGGGUGGAGCGAUGCGUCAAUGGGGUUCCUGUAGCUCACACCGCAGCAAAGGCGGAGGGAGAGGAAUUCCACAUAAACAAGUGUGCGGUGCACUGCUUUGCGGACCGGCACUCGGGGAUGGACUACGAUGUUGACCAUCACGACUCACUUUUUCGGGGAGGGCCUGGGAGCGUGGGUGGUGACGAUGACAAAUGCCCCGCCGGGACCGGACGACUUUCGGGUGGCGUACGUCUUGGACGACGUGGGCGACCAUCGUAG